AUGCACUGCUCCCCCCUCCCCGCACACGAAACUCUUUCAUGCUUUACUUUAAUUCACCUUUUUCAUCUUAAUGUUCCUUCCUUCCUUCCUUCUUCCAUUCCUUCCUCCUCCUCCUCUUCCUUCCUUCCUUCCUUCCUUCCUUCCUUCCUUCCUUCCUUCCUUCUUCCAUUCCUUCCUCCUCCUCCUCUUCCUUCCUUCCUUCCUUCCUUCCUUCCUUCCUUCCUUCCUUCCUUCCUUCUCACUCUUUGUAUGUUUCUUUUUGUCUUCCUGCCCGAACACGGACCCCUUUUAUGCUUUACUUUAAUUCACCUUUUUCCUAUUAAUGUUUUUCAUCCUUCCUUCCUUCCUUCCUUCCUUCCUUCCUUCCUUCCUCCACCUCUUCCUUCCUUCCUUCCUUCCUUCCUUCCUUCUUCCUUCCUUCCUUCCUUCCUCCUCCUCCUCUUCCUUCCUUCCUUCCUUCCUUCCUUCCUUCCUUCCUUCUCACUCUUUGUAUGUUUCUUUUUGUCUUCCUUUCGAGGACGUCGUAAAGGACGAAAGGAUUCAAACGAAAAUCAUUAUUUUUCCUUCCUUCCUUCCUUCUUCCUUCCUUCCUUCCUUCCUUCCUUCCUUCCUUCCUUCCUUCUUCUUUCUUUCCUUUAUUUCUUCUAUUUAUUUCUUUUUCUUUUUCUUUCUGUUCCUCUUUUUCAUUGCUUUCGUCCCAACUCUUCUUUCUUUCUUUCUUUCUUUCUUUCUUUCUGUUUCCCUUUUUCAUUCCUUUCGUCACGGCCUUUCUUUCUGUCUUUCUUUCUUUCUUUCUUUUUCUCUUUUUCAUUCCUUUCGUCCCAACUCUUCUUUCUUUCUUUCUUUCUUUCUUUCUGUUUCCCUUUUUCAUUCCUUUCGUCACGGCCUUUCUUUCUGUCUUUCUUUCUUUCUUUCUUUUUCUCUUUUUCAUUCCAUUCGUCCCAACUUUUCUUUCUUUCUUUCUUUCUUUCUUUCUUUCUUUCUUUCUUUCUUUUUCUCUUUUUCAUUCCUUUCGUCCCAACUCUUCUUUCUUUCUUUCUUUCUUUCUUUCUUUCUUUCUUUCUUAUUCCUUUCGUCACGGCCUUUAUUUCUUUCUUUCUUUCUUUCUUUCUUUCUUUCUUUCUUUCUUUCUUUCUUUCUUUCUUUCUUUUUCUCUUUUUCAUUCCUUUCGUCCCAACCCUUCUUUCUUUCUUUUCUUUCUUUCUUUCUUUCUUUCUUUCUUUCUUUCUUUCUUUCUUUCUUUCUUUUUCUCAUUCCUUUCGUCACGGCCUUUCUUUCUUUCUUUCUUUCUUUCUUUCUUUCUUUCUUUCUUUCUUUCUUUCUUUCUUUCUUUCUUUUUUCAUUCCUUUCGUCCCAACCCUUCUUUCUUUCUUUUCUUUCUUUCUUUCUUUCUUUCUUUCUUUCUUUCUUUCUUUCUUUCUUUCUUUGCAAUUCCAUGGAUCUUACUCUCUUUAUACUUACUAUUUUUCUCUUUUUCUCUUCUCCCUACAUUUCAUUCUUUAUUCCUUCCUGCUAUUAUUCUUUACUCACCCUCUUCCUUUUCUACUACCUUACUCUCUUUAUAUCUUUCAUUUCGCUCUUCUUUCUUCCCUGAUACUUUUCAUUGUUUAUUUCUUUCUUCCUUUUCUCCAACUCUCUUCAUUCUUUGCUCAACUUUAUUCUUUCUUCUGUCUUCAUUCUCUCUCUAGUCGGGAUACAACUUUAUACUUGUAUCAAUUCUCUCUCUCUCUCUCUCUUUCUCUCUCUCUCUCUCUCUCUCGCAAGUUUCUACAAAUCUAUCUAUCUAUCUAUCUAUCUAUCUAUCUAUCUAAACCUGUUCAUGUUUAUGUAUCUCUAAUUAUUUUCUUUCAUUCUUUUUUCUCAGUCUGCUUUUAUCUAUCUAUCUAUCUAUCUAUCUAUCUAUCUAUCUAUCUAUCUAUCUAUCUAUCUAUCUCAGUCUGCUCGUAUCUAUCUAUCUAUCUAUCUAUCUAUCUAUCUAUCUAUCUAUAUAUAUAUAUAUCGAUAAAUCUAUCUAUCUAUCUAUCUAUCUAUCUAUCUAUCUAUCUAUCUAUCUGUUAUGGCCCGGUUCCUUCUUGUUCAUAUCUAUCUCUCUAUCAACACAUAUCUCGCCUGAUAUCUAUCUACCUCUGUCUUAAUAAUUUCAUAUCUAUCUAUCUAUCUAUCUAUCUAUCUAUCUAUCUAUCUAUCUAUCUAUCUAUCUAUCUGACCCUAUUCAUAAUUAUCUAUCUAUCUAUCUAUCUAUCUAUCUAUCUAUCUAUCUAUCUAUCUAUCUAUCUAGCUUACAUUCUCCCAAGAGACAUUUAA